AUGGCUCUAACUGUAGGAGGGUCAGGAUUGGGGGACUUUAAUCAAGUUCUAUUUGCUGAUGAACACUCUUCAGCGGACCGCUUCUCCUCCCCUCUAGGAAUGAGAGAAUUUGGGCAAUGUGUAACCUCAGUUGAGCUUACAGACCUGGCUUGCAUUGGAAACUCUUUUACUUGGUCGAAUAAACAAGGCAUUACUCUUGUGUCCAAGAAGCUUGACAGAAUCAUGGUUAACGAUGAAUGGCUGACCAUGUUUCCAAAUGCUCUAGGUGUCUUUGGUGAUCCAGGAAUCUCCGAUCACAGUCCAUGUUGCGUCUUCCUCGAUACUACCUCUUCAAAGCCGAAAAAACCCUUCAAGUUCUUUAGUAUGCUGAAUCAGAACCCAGACUUCCCUAUUCUCAUCAGAGAGUGCUGGCGUGCUCUGCCUUUUGAGGGUUCUAAGAUGCUGAUGGUAUCUAGGAAGCUGAAAGCGAUUAAAAGUGUUAUUAGAUCUUUCAGCAGAGACAAUUACUCUCUUCUGGAGAAGCGAGUUGUUGAGGCUUUUGAUGAGCUCCUAGCUUGCCAACUACGGACCCUAAAUAACCCGACACCUGAGGCUGCACUCUCUGAGAAGGAAGCUCACCACAAAUGGAGUAUUCUAGCUAGAGCUGAGGAUUCUUUACUCCAGCAAAGAUCUAAAGUUAACUGGUUGGGAUUUGGGGACUGUGAUUCGGCUUACUACCAUCGUUCUCUCAGGACCAGGCAAUCUAUCAACUUGAUCUCUUGUCUUCUAGAUGAUGGUGGGAAUCUGUUAGAAUCCAAAGAGGAUAUUGAGAAGCACAUUGUCGGUUACUAUGAAACUUUGUUGGGCGGAAAUCAGACUUGUUCUACUGCUGUUGUUUCUGAGUUGUCAAACCUACUACCUACCACUCUCAACAGCUCGAUUCUGGACAUUAUAAAUGAACCUGUCACUGAUACAGCUAUCCAAGAGGUCUUUUUCGCUAUGCCGAAGAAUAAGUCACAUGGACCAGAUGGAUACCCGGCUGAAUUCUUUACAGGGAAUUGGAAAUCUGUGGGCAGAGAUGUAAUGGACGCAGUCCAUGAGUUCUUCUCGUCAGGAUAUCUUCUUCAGCAAUGGAAUACCACAAUCCUUUCCUUGAUCCGAAGAAGACUAAUGCGAACCGUAUAG